ACGUGGCUUAUUUUGCUAUACAAAUGGCAACAACCUCCUAUACAUUGCAGUUCCAAUGAAUAUGACCCCGUGCUUACCUUACAACUUAUAUCUUCUUAGUCAAUCAAAUGCAUAUAACUGAAGAAUAAACCACCAAAGCAGGGGACUUAAAAGACUUCCAAUUUUUUCCCAGUGCAAGAAUUGUGAAUUUUCUGUGCUUGCUGCAUUCUCAGUCUUCAGUAAUUUCUCAGGUUCUAUGUACUGAUCAUGGAUUCAAAUGCUGCAACAGAAGUUGGAGAAAUGGACAUGAUUAGCAAUUUGCAUGAAAGCAUUCUUGGUCACAUACUCUCUUCCCUUCUGACUAUAGAAGCGAUUCGGACAAAUGUGUUGUCUAGAAGGUGGAUUCAUGUAUGGAAAUCUAUAAAAAGUCUAAAGUUUGAUGACAGUUUGCUCAUUCAUGGAAAGAAGAUGCAGAAAGAGGAAUUUGUGUGUUUUGUGAACACAGUUUUAUUUCACCUUGCUAAUUCAACCAUCCAGAGUUUCUCUCUUUGUUUAACAUCUUAUAAUUAUGAUUCACCCAAAGUGAGUGCAUGGAUCUCCUCUGUCUUAGAAAGGGGAGUCCAGAAGCUUAACAUUCAGUAUGCUGAUAAUGUCCCUCUUUCUUCCAAUUCCCUUUUUAGCUGCAAUUCUCUUGUAGAGUUGGUGCUUCAAAUGAGAUGUACUCUUAAUGCUCCCAUCUCUUCUUGUCUCCCAAACCUUCAAAGCCUUCACCUUUCCGGGGUUAGGCUAGUGAGUGAUUCCCCCACUUAUUCCAAUGACAUAACUCUUAGCUUUCCGGUCCUCAAAGUGUUUGAAGCUAGAGUAUGUGAGUGGUCAACUAUGCAGGACAUUUGUAUUCAAGCACCUCUACUUGAAAGGCUUUCCAUUAAGAACUCCCUAUCAAAUGAAGCUUGUAAAUCUGCCAUUCAGGUUUUUAGUACAUGUCUAACAGAUUUCUCUUAUGAGGGCGAUCUUGAACAAGAGAUCAUUCUAUUUGAUCCGUCAUCCAUUCGUAGUGCUUCUGUUGUGAUUGUUAUUGAUGAAGAUGGUAAUGACAGAAUCGAAGAACUUGUGUUUCAAGCACGAAAGCUUCUCGGACAAAUCCAUCAGGUUGAACAACUGAAAUUAUUGUUUUACAAGGUCUUAAUCCAUGCUAAAGAUAUCUUCACCCAUUUGCCUGCCUUUGGAAGGUUGAAUAAUCUGCAACUGAAUGAGGUUACUGGUGAAGCACUGUUGCACUUAUUCCACCAUUCUCCAUUUCUUAAUACUCUUGUUUUACUUAAUGGAGUGUGCGAUUUAAAUAAAGAUGUUUUGACUGCUGCAUCAGUGCCUCAUUGCUUUUUGUCAAGCUUCAAAGUAUUUCAGUUUAAUGGAUUUAAUGUGAAAGAGCCUGAGCUUUGUCUGGUAAAAUUUGUGUUGGCAAAUGCGGCAAUCUUGGAGCGGGUGACUAUAUGUACAGCUUUUUGGUUGCGAUAUUCAGAUAUUGACAUGGGGAAAGUUAAGGAGCAGAUACUUUCAUUACCAAAAUGUUCCAGAUUAUGCAAGAUAGAAUUUUGUGAUGUCAACGGUUUCUGAAGAUUUCAUAACAUCCAAAGAGUACUUGUUUGUACUGUUUCUUUAUGAAUAACGGAAAAAUAUAACAGAAGCUGUCAAAAUUUAACUGACACCUUAAAUGCCCCAGCUUCACUCUUGGUAUCAGUGUUCAUAUUUUUAGCAUCUUAAAUACUUUCAUGAACUACAUGGUAAAAUGCAGAUGGGGAACAUUUGAUUGCUGUUGCUUCUGUUGUGAUGUAAUUCAAAGUGGUUAUGGACUUAUGGUUAUGUUAGGUGUUGUUAUGUUAGUUGCAAGAGAAUGUAUAUAGUUUGGAAGUUGCCACCAGUGUAGUUUGGUAGUUGCCAAUCUGUUGAAGUGUUAGAUAACUAGUUGGUUGUAAUCGUAUUAGUGAGUGAGUUAGUACAUUAAUAAAAAAGUUCAUUCACCAAUUA